AUGCGGACAGAGAGAGCUUCUGAGUUGAUUAAGAUGCUGGGACAUAGUGGCAAUCCACCUGAAAAUAUAACUGAUAAUGCCACAAAUAAUACAGAUUGCAUCCAAGUAGUGGUCCCAGAGGAAGUGUUCUUCACCAUUUCCAUCAUUGGAGUUUUGGAGAAUCUGCUGGUCCUCUUGGCUGUGAUCAAGAACAGGAACCUCCAUUCGCCAAUGUAUUUUUUCAUCUGUAGCUUAGCAGUUUCUGACAUGUUGGGCAGCCUAUAUAAGAUCCUAGAGAACAUCCUGAUCAUCUUCCGGAACACGGGAUAUCUCAAACCUCGUGGAGAUUUUGAAACCACAGCAGAUGAUGUUGUAGACUCCCUGUUCAUCCUUUCAUUGCUUGGGUCUAUUUUCAGCUUAUCGGUGAUCGCUGCUGACCGCUAUAUUACCAUUUUUCAUGCUCUUCAGUAUCACAAUAUCAUGACAAUGAGACGGGCUAUAAGCAUCCUAGCAAUCAUCUGGGCAUUUUGUACUGGCAGUGGCAUUACAAUGGUCAUCUUCUCGCACGAUGUGCCCACCGUGAUCUCCUUCACUUCAUUGUUCCCUCUGAUGCUCGUUUUUAUCCUGUGUCUCUAUGUACAUAUGUUUCUACUGGCUCGUUCCCAUGCCAAGAAGAUCGCUUCCUUACCUUCAAAUAGAGUGCAACCAAGAGCCAACAUGAAAGGAGCCAUCACACUUACCAUCCUUCUUGGUGUCUUCCUCUGCUGCUGGGCUCCCUUUGUCCUCCAUAUACUCCUGGUGACAUUCUGCCCAAAUAAUCCUUACUGUGCCUGCUAUUUGUCCAUUUUCCAGGUGAAUGGAAUGCUAAUUAUGUGUAAUGCCAUCAUUGACCCAAUGAUCUAUGCAUUCCGGAGCCCAGAACUACGAAGUACUUUCAGGAGAAUGUUCUGUUGUUCUGAAUGCAAGUGGAAUUAA